AGACCUAUCGCAUCCUCUCCAGUGUAGAUACCACUCACUCAUUACGUCUUCACACUCCUUUGUUCUUACAAACACUAUUUAUUACCAACAACAAUGAAGUUCCUCACCCUCAUCGCCGCCGUCGGCACUCUCGCUGGCUUCGCUGCCGCCGGUCCAGCUGAACCUCUUCACAUACGAGCACCUUCAGAUCUGCCCAUCGAUGCAAGAUCAGCCCAGGAAGGAGCUGGUGACGUCAACACCUGGUUCAAAGACAGGUUCUGCGCUUCAGGCUUCGCUUCUUGCGGCAAAGCAGGAACUAACGGUGAUCCGGGCAACCGAUGCGCUCUGGCAUGCGAAAAUUUCGCUGGAGGUGUUGCUCUGGGCCAUUGCCAGUGCAGCAGGGGAUGGUAUCCUGACGAGUGCAUCACUCUUGGCAAAUAUGCAGGUCGCCACAAGUGCUGA